UUCUACAUCUCUCUCUCUCUCUCUCUCUCAAAAGAAGACAGAAAAAGAAAAACCCCUGCAUUUGUAUUCCAUCAAAAGCUUUAGAUUGGUUUGUUCUAAUACACAAACAAAACCCACCACCAAAACGCCCGCCCAACGGAUAGACCAUGGAACAAAAUGAAAAGAAGAAGAACAAGAAGCAAAAGCACCAGCACCCAAAUGACCAAACCACAAAACCAAACUCAGAUUUCUCUUUCAAGCCGAGCUCCGACGUAAAGGGUCUCCGGUUCGGCGGCCAGUUCAUCGUGAAAUCGUUCACGAUCCGGCGGGCUAGGCCUCUUGAACUUCUACAGCUCCUUUCUUUUCCACCAACUAACCCCAAACCCAACAACAACAACAAUAAACUCCCUUUUCCUUCAACCACUGCUUUCUUGCCCACAAACUUCACGAUCUUGGCACACCAUGCCUGGCACACCCUCACACUAGGCCUCGGCACGAAGAAAUCCAAAGUACUUCUAUUCGUCUUUGAAUCGGAGAUCAUGAAGACGGCUACAGACCGUGUUUGGCCAUCGGAGAUACCGCUCGGACAAGUGAACAAGAGGCUUAUCAGGGGCUUGACCGGGUGCGAGAUGGCUAGGUUUAAGUUCAGAAAAGGUUGCAUAACGUUUUAUGUGUAUGCGGUUCGGCAAGUGGGCUGCUUCGGGUUCUCAUGCGCCGAUGAUCUAAGGACGAUAUUACAAUCUGUGGUUGCGCUCAAGGAUUUUCUUGACCACACUGCCAUGCUCGCCAUGCCCAACCAAAGAAGCAUUAGCUAUGCGCCUCCUGUGGCCAUGGCUCACUAGGCAAAUAUAUUUUUUAAAAAUUUUUCUAAAUCCAUCAUCGUCGUCGUCGUCAUCAUCUUCUUCUUCUCCACGUCUUUAUCAUCAACAACAUCAUCAUCUGCGUCAUAUUAUUGUAGCCUUUUUUUUUUCCUAAAAUCUGGUUGACUUCUUUUGGAAUUUUUCUUACUAUGAUUAUGACGGGGGAUUGGUUCAUUUAUUAGAGAUCUUGUAAUAGCUUCAUUGCACUUCUUAUUUUUCUCUUUAAGAUCAAAGAAACUGCAUUUUAGUAUGAAUAAAUGCCACUUUGAUCUAUUCUAGCGAAUUAACUACAGUCUCUUGUAUGUUUAUAUAUCUGUUUAUUUGCAGUGUGGCACAUGUUACUGACCUGUUCUGAGUCUGAAUUGGAGGUAAGUGACAGAUCCAGGCGUGGACUCUAUUAUAUAUUCUUUUCUUGAAUUACAGUC